UUGAAGGACGAUGUCUGUUUCUCUCUUCAGACAAACACACAAAGCUUCACUCUGCUGAAUCUUCAGACGGUCACAGUGAAGAUGUUGGCUGCUCUGGUUGUCCUGGUAACAGCCCUGCAUGGCGCUGCGGCAAUGACUCACUCUCUGAAGUUUUUCUACACUGGAUCCUCUCAAGUUCCAAAUUUCCCAGAGUUUGUGGCCUUAACUUUGGUUAAUGAAAUUCAGAUAAAUUACUAUGACAGUAACACGAGGAGAAUGGUGCCCACACAGGACUGGGUGAAAGACGCAGUGGAUCCACAGUUUUGGCAGAGGAACACUGACACCUUAAUGGAUGCCCAGCAGACCUUCAAAGUCAGCAUUGAAGUUUUAAGUCAGCGUUUCAACCAAACUGGAGGGGUCCAUAUUUACCAGAAGAUGUAUAGCUGUGAAUGGGAUGAUGAGACUGGUGAGGUCAAGGGUUUCCAUCAGUUUGCUUAUGAUGGAGAAGACUUCUUAUCAUUUGACAUGGAGAGAGAGACAUACGUCGCUGCAAAACAACAGGCUGUCAUCAUCAAACAUAAGUAUAAUAAUAAUAAAGGUUGGCUGGCAGGGUCAAAGCACUACUUCACCCAGAUUUGUCCUGAGUGGCUGAAGAAGUACGUGAACUUCGGGAGGAGCUCUCUGCUGAGAAAAGACCUUCCCUCAGUGUCUCUCCUCCAGAAGACUCCCUCCUCUCCAGUCAGCUGCCACGCUACAGGUUUCUACCCUGACGGAGCCAUGAUGUUCUGGAGGAAAGAUGGAGAGGAGCUUCAUGAGGACGUGGAGCUCGGAGAGAUCCUCCCCAACCACGAUGGAUCCUUCCAGAUGAGUGUUGACCUGGACCUCUCACCAGUCAAACCUGAAGACUGGACCAGGUACGAGUGUGUGUUUCAGCUGGUUGGUGUGAAGGAGCACAUCUUCACCAGACUGGAAGAAGAAAAGAUCAGGACCAACAGAGAGAAGCCCACUGACAUGACCGCCAUCAUCAUCGCUGCAGUCGUUGUUCUUGCUCUCAUCCUCAUCGCUGUGAUUGGAGUCCUGAUUUGCAGAAAGAAGAAAGCCGAAUGCGAGUCAUCCUGUGAAAACGACUCUGAGCUCUCUGAGAAACUGAAUUCUGGAAAAGAAAACCCUGAAGGCCAAACACACAACCCUGCACAAAGUGGGUUGCUUCAGGAGACGUGAACUUUUCACACCUGCUGUUCAACAAAGACGCCUUCAACAAUUGAAAAUAUGAUGCAAAGAAAAGACCAAAUGUCAAACCUUUUUUUAAAUGAGUGACAUUUUCCUGGUUAACAAAUUCAUCAGAUAUGGUUUAACACAAGCUGGUGGUGAGUAUAAAUAUUAGACACAAGCCUGAAGUGGAAGGUUAGCUUCUCAAGGGUUUUAAUAUUUAUAAUGUUCCACUUAAACAUCUUAAAUCCAGAAACCCUGUGACACAACACUGGACAACAUGUGUUGUUGUUGUGUGAUGCUGGUGUCUCUCUGAGUCCUGUCAUGUCCCGUACAACACUUCUAAACUCUGUCAUGUUGUGGAGAUGAUCUCUGAUCUGGUUUACAA